GCAGAAUAUCUGGACCGAAGGAGUUGAGCAACAAGAGGAUCUUCUAGAGGCAUGGCUACGAUCGGACAAAUCAUUUUUUUCAUCAUGGUGACCCUCAACGUCCUGUUAGCAGCCUUCAUCAUCCUCAUCUUGUCCCUGGCCUUCUCAAGAUCCACGUCCAAGGUGACGAGCAGCAACACCAAACCGGUCGCCAACCUCGGCGAGGACCAGAUUCUCAGCUGCUACGUUUCUGCAGAGAGUCGGCCAAACAGGCUGGGUGAAGUGUCGGUCAGCUGGGAGAAAACAAAUCUGGGAACGGUUUAUCGGUACGAGAACGGAGCCCCGGCUCUGGAUGGGCAAGCAGCGGAGUUCAAAGGCAGAACUGGGGUCAUCCCUGAUGCUGUGGCCACAGGUAACGCCUCUCUGCUGCUGCGGAGCGUGAGAAGCAGUGACGAGGGAGAGUACACCUGCACCGUUAGGUCCUCUGUUGGACAAGGGACAGUCAGCGUUCAGCUCCGGACGGCAGUCUUUUCAGCGCCCACACUAAAGUUCUCCAACAGCAUCCUGACCUCUGAGGCGAGCAGCUGGUUUCCUAAACCAGAUGUCAAGUGGCUGAACCAAACCGGGAGUGAACUGAGCGCAAACACAAGUUUCACUGAACGCUCACCUGGGGUUUACAGUAUCCUAAGCACUCUACAGUCGGCGAAGGUCAGCGAGACCUACAGCUGCAGGAUCGAAAACAACUUAGUGGUGGCGGUCACUGAAGCAACUACAACAGGCACUGGUGUUUUGGGAAGGACGUUCUUCACCUUCAGUGUCGCCUCAACGCAGCUUGUAUCGUUUUAUCUAAAUAUCAUUACUAGUGUCAUAUGCAUGUUUAAUGCGGUAUAGGUAAAUGCAACCUUAUUAUCUUUGCUUUAAAAAUGUUGUCAAAUAUUGUCUAUGUACUGGGUACAUUGAAGAACAGAGUAAGUGAUGCAUUUUAUUUAAGUUGAAAUACCAAAAGUUCAGCUGUCUGUUUUAUUUAUGUAAUAUAUGUCAUGGAAUA